AGAGGGGAACAAAACAGAGAGGCCAGAUAUAGAUCUAAUCUAGAAACCCCCAGUUUCAACCAUGACUAUGUUCUUCAGACUCUUAUCGGAUUUGGAUCUGGACGAUCCCCGACGGACGAGGAGGCCGUCAGACACCAAGAUACGAAUUGACUGGGAACGCGGUCUUGUCCCGGUUACAUCUGUUGAAUUUGUUGCGGCCUUAGAGAAAAAAGAAAAAAUGUUACGAGAAGUGACUUCGGAGGUGGAACCAAAACAAAGUAGCUGGUACCGGCCUGUUCUUCCUUUCAAGGGAAAAGCAAAUCCUUCUCGCACAAUGGGUGUUGAUACUAGUUACUCUCAGGCACAGCCUUCUUCUCAUUAUGCCGUUAGGUCUUGCAGCACUUGUGGUAUCACCCACUGGCGUCGACAUUGUCCCCUUGAGUGUGAUCCGGGUGCUCCAGAGACAGCACCAAAAUAAUGAUGCAGCAUCGGCAACAGUUCAUGUGGAAGGGUUAAUGGAAUGUUUUAUAUCUUUUAUGCGUGCGGACUUUGUCUAAAUGCUAUAUAUUAUAAAGGUACUGGAACGUGAAGCAGGUCGUGUCAAUCCUCGACGAACUUGACAAAAAAUUAACACAGAACACCAGAUUUUUGACUCUGUGUAAAAACCUCAAAAUAGAGGAAAAAUCACAGCGGAGCACAAGCUCAGAAAACGAACUCAACUAGAUGAAUUUGUGUAGAGUCUUACAACCUCUUUGUAAACCCUAUACUGUUACAAAUCCCUAUCUUUAGGCAGAACGUCUUCUUCUUCUUUCUUCAAUGAUAUUCUCUCAACACACAAGAGAAUCACAGUCACAUAUAAACAAGUCAAACUCAACAAGGAACAGUUGAACUUGUAUAUUUAGAUGAGCAGCGGAAUAA